UUUAUCAAUCCCGACACGCACUAUUUAACGAACCAUGCAACAGAUCGGCUGAGCUAACGUGAAACGUCGUACGAUUCUGUUUUCGGACUACUUAACUUUUAUCGCACUAACUUCGCUGAUUAUUGUAGCGUUUGGCAAUUUUGGUAUGAUGUGAGCGACCUCCUUAAAGAAGGGCUGAGUGUUUUGUAAACAGAAUAUGUGAUAACGUCGGAAAGAAUUGAGAUAAAUUUUCUUUAACCAAAAAAUACCCGUAAUACAAUAACAAAACUUUAUCUUUUUGAAUAGAUGGAUGCAUUUAAACAAAGGCUUGUCGAUGUUAGGAAGUUGAUCUGACACUAAGUGUAGUGCAAGUGUUGUGGGCACGGUUGAAUGGCCGUUCCAUCGAGACAGUAAAAUUCAACCAUUCAACCAACAAAUUGUAUAGUUGCUCGUGAAUAGAAAUAGGAUACAUGUAGCUGGAGGAAUAUUAAUUUAAUUAUCUAGUUGUAACAGUAAACGGACACAAUUGAUACCGUACAUGUAUAUGAAGUACUGAUUGUUGGCUGAUUCACUACAAGUCGCCGAAAUAUCCACGUGAUCUAUAGUCAUCUUUGGCGAAUAUUACGGUAUUUCUUUCAAUUGUAAAGCGAAAGUUCGGACAACGACAAAAUACCGUUUUUGCUUUUUCUUUCAAGUUACUAGUAUAUGAACGUCCCGUUUGAAGAUAAAGUGUUGUUUCUUCAAUUCAGCUGGAAUUAAUAAUGUUUUUUCUCAGCGGUGGAUUAUAGUGCUGUAUGAUAGUGUUUUAAACGUUUUAAAGCUGAAACUUGGUGAGACGAUCACACAAAAUCCAGGAUGCAGCAAAUUUACGCAGCAAUCUCUCAGCAUCAGAGGACGAUAUUUGGGGUGCUCGGACUUACAAUCGCCUGUUAUUACCUGCUUAUGGAUGGCGUGUUGUACAGCACACUUCAGUCAGUUGACUUAGUCAACCAGAAGCCCGCAAAACCCGGACAGUCAUGGUCACCGUUCCAUCCGCUUUCUAUAAAACUUAUUAUGACGGACCCUACAACGCAUUACGUCAUCACACCAUUGUCGGAAAACUUUAACAGAGUUACAAAAUUUAGUCAAAUAUUUUAUUUCAUCACACCAAACAUGAUAACAUUCACUCAUUUAAUUCUAGCGUUCAUAUCAGCAAAAUUCGUCUUCUCAGAAUCUCUACAAAAUAGACGCAUUGGAGUGUUACUGUUUGAGUUACGAUCAUUCUUGGAUGCAUUUGACGGAACAGUUUAUCGAAGCCAUGCUACCGUAAAAGCCUACAAGUCAGAUCAUAGUAAUUUUGGAUUUUGGUUUGAUUGUACUGCAGACACUAUAGGGGGUUUUGCAUUGAUGUUCGGUGCACUAUUUUUCCUGUGGUGGAAAUGUCCGCCUGGAACAGAUUCCUCCGCGACAACGCUUCCAUGGUCUGCAGACGACAUCAAUGAUGCUAAAAACGAUCUAGUCACAGAGAAACCGAUUAAAAGAACUCAAUUUGGUUACAGCAAACAAUUCAUAUUUUUACGAUGUCUUAGUUUUGGUAUGCAAACUGGAGUGUCGUCUGCUAUAUGGGAUCAGUUAACCAUGCGAGUUGAAAAAGUGUUUCUUACAAAAUUAGAUGAUCCAGAAUUGGUGACAUUACAGUCACUGGCACUACACUCGACCACUACCUGGUUGAUAUUUUGGUUCUGGAGAAUUAUGUGCGGACAGUCAUUACAACAAAUGUUUCUUGUGGCAAUUUUUACAGAUAAAAUCUGGGAGUUUCUACGGUUUGUGCAAUACGUUGGAUUCGUUGUUAUUGGUUUAUUAGCAACACUCAGUUUUUAUCAUUUUACACAGGUAAGCUUGAGUCUACAUUUAUGACAGAAGCUGCCAAAUUAAAGAUGAAAACUUGGAAGUCUUUCACAAUAAACCCGGAAGGUUUCAACUAUGCUUUAAGAUACCAUGUACAUAAUUGUAUUAAUGGUGUAAGAUGACAAUGAAAGCAAUCGAAAAUGUAAUGAACUACACAAUGUAUAACUGUAUACAUGUAUGUGCAGUAUCAAACGAAGAAGUAUAGGUUGGACUUGGAGAAGAAAAUUUUUUUUUUUUGAAAUAUGGGGAAAUAAAUUUCUGUAUACAAUGGUGCUAUCAACUAUGCUUACUUAAUAAGUUUUAGGACGCAGUUAACUCAAGUGCUUGACAACAGAAUACAUACAAUUAAAACUCUGUAAGUGUUUCAACUGCAUAUAUUUACCAUGUUUUGGAAUGAGGACUUGCAGGCAAUACUUUAUACGGAUUCUGUAAUUCACGGAAAUGUUCUGUACUUUAAACAACUACUAUAAGCCUCAGAUUAUUCGGUCUGAACUGUGUCUUCAAUCGCAACUUUCCGAUUCUUUCCGUCAGUCUUCGGAUAUUGAUAAUAGCCGAAGUGUUCCGAUUGAUGUGUCCAGAGUCUUUCAAAUUUUUAUUUGAAAGACCUUGCUGUGUCUUAUCAUUUAAAAAAAUCGUUUGGAUGAAUUUGAGAUAUUUCAAAUCAUGUCAAACACGCUUUGUAGUUAAAUAUAUUUGAUAAUGUACGUGACGGAGAUGGGCGAAUUUUCUUACAGCGUUCUUUGGGACGAGAUAUCAUACACUAUCUGUAGUUAUUGUAUACAAAGCAAAGUAAAUAGCCAGAAGGAAGGAUGGUGAAAACAGAAUGUAAACAAGCUAUACAUGACACUUGUAUAGGAUUGUUUCGCAUUUUCUACACACUUGACUGAUAUACAUGGUUUUAUUGCUAUACAUAAUUUAUGUGAUAUAUGUAUAUCUAUUUGUACAAGAUAAAUUUGAAGAUGUUUGUUUUUUACGAUGCCAUUUUUAUUGCCAAAAUUUUUUUUCUCUCUCAAAUUUUUAUUACACUGUUAUGUUUACUAGUUUCGUUGACUGGUCUAAUAAAAUCAUAUUUUGAUA